AUGCUGCCCCACAGUGCGUUCGAUGCUUAUCCCCAGAGCCAGCCAAACGGACACUCGGAUGGCCAAAGCCAUAAACGAAGAAGGACAUUUGCUGGGACAGAAGGGGUAGACAGGGGCUUCACCGGGGGCGGGGGCAGAGUGGUACGUGAGUGUCCCCAUUGUGGGAGGACGUUCAAGCGGACUGAACAUCUGGAGCGCCAUGUUCGUACUCACACUAAAGAGAAGCCCUUUGUCUGUCAUUGCAGUGCCGCAUUCGCUCGAAAGGAUCUGCUUGUUCGGCAUCGGCGGAUAAGUUUACACGAAGGCAAUUCACCGACAGAGAACUCCCCCACAACUCAAGCUGCAGAGGCAGACCUCGCUGCUGCCGUGUCACUCUCUGGCCUCAGCACAGACCCUUGGGCAAAUCAACAAAUUCAGCCCGGGACGUUGCCUUUGCAACUUGACAGUCGAGAUGGGAGAAAUGUUGACAAUCGAACACAAUAUCCACCGGAACUACUUUCACCUAGGUUGUUUAGCACUGGUGAGCCAUCUGGCCCAGAGGAUAUGAGUUGUCAAGUGCUCGGCGACUCAAUACAUUUCGAUCCGCAUUUCCGGGAAUUUGCCAACUUUUUAGAUGGCGUGGGAUUGCCAGCCGAAUGGAGUCCAUACUUUAAUGGCCCUGAAAAAGAGAAUGAGAAUGAAGUAGUUGACUCGGAAUUACGACAAUUUGUUUCAGAGUCGCCAUCUCCUCGACCGAGACAGAGGGCUGGGACCCCAUUUAGCUCCUGGCUCCCAUCAGCUCCGACUGGAAACAGGAUAACGAAUUAUGCUUCGGAAAACAAUCCCCGAGCUGUCGACCCUGAAACUCAACGCUUUAAAAUUACCGAUGAGCAAAGAGCGGGACUCAAGGCAUGCCUUGAUUCGUUCUCCGACGUCUUGGACCCAACAUUUAGAAUGCCCUCUCGUCACGCCUUGACCAGAUAUAUCACAUCUUGGUUUGAAGGCUUUCAUUCCCACAUGCCAUUUAUUCACUGCCGUACAUGGAACGUCCUCGACCAUUCCUUGGAGCUCAUUCUAGGGAUAGCUUCGAUAGGGGCUCAGUAUUGCUUCGAGCACUCUUGUUCAGAGCGCUUGUUCUUUGCUGGCAAAGCCAUCCUCAUGGAGCGGUUAAGAAAAAGCCCUGAUAGCUUGGGGCCUAGAACGAGCUCAUAUCUCAACCUUAACACCCCGACGUUGCAUCGACGCCCAGGUACGGACAUAUCGCCCACUGAUCCCACUGAGACGGUGCGAGCGCUUAUUGCGUUGAUGGGUUAUGCAACUUGGGAACCGAAAGCAUCCAUGGUCAGGGAAGCCUUUGCUCUCCAGGGGCUACUGGCUCAAGUUCUACGAGACAUUGGCCUUGAAGAGGACGAUGAAAUGGCAGACCAUACUCCGCCACCAACGUCUGCUCACCGGAAUGCUGCCCACAAUAACUGGCUAGCUUGGGUUGAACAAGAGUCACGGCGGAGAUCGAAACUGAUCGCCUUUUCUUUUCUUCAUACACACAGCAUUGCGUACAACGUAUAUCCCGUUCUUUUGAGUAACGAAGUCAAACUAAGGCUGCCGUGCUCAACAAGGGAAUGGAAGGCAGGAAAUGCAGCCCAAUGGCAAGCCGCCACAAAGGAGAUCAAGAAACAACAGCUGUAUUUCCAAGACGCUUUGUCCCUUUUGUUGAGGAAUAAGAAUGGGGCGGUGCCCUUGGAUCCAAUACCUACACCCCUGGGGAACUACUUACUUUUGCAUGGCCUUUUGCAACGGAUUCAUAUCGUGCGUGAACUCAGUCUACCUGUCUCGAGCGAUAUUGCUGCAUUGCCAGCCGAGGAAGUAGAUAAACUCGAGCGAGGCCUUCGAUCCUGGACGACUGGGUGGCAGCAAGCGGCCGAGUCAAGUCUGGAUCCCAACAACGAGAAUGGUCCAAUUCCGUUUACAUCCAGCUCACUUCUUGCGCUGGCAUAUGUACGCAUACAUCUAAAUUUAGGCCCAUACAGACAGCUGGAGACACGCGACACUUCUCGCAUUGCGAAAGCACUCAGUCGCUCACCCUGCGUUGAGCGCAGUGAUGGUGUCAUCGCCGCUCUGCUGUACGCUGUUCACAUGUUGUCCAUCCCAGUUAGGCUUGGAAUAGACCGUGUGGCAAGGAGUCAAGCCUUCUUUUGGAGUGUUCGGCACACCUUGUCAAGCCUGGAUUGCAGUAUUUUACUUAGCAAGUGGCUGGGGAAAUUGGGAGAAACAAUGGCGUCUGCGCCUUUGACAGAUAGCGAAGACCGCAUUCUACAUUGGGUACGUAGCAUCGUGGAAGAAGCGAACGACGUUGUCGAUUUUGAAGAUGAAGAGGAACCACCUGGCGAUCUUCGAGAGCCACGUCAGCUCGGCUUUGCAGUUCUGAAAAUCUGGGCACACUUCUUCAAAAGAAACACUCAAUGGCCUUUCAUCAAUAUCAUUGGGGCGGGUCUUGAGAAGUACAGAGAAAUUCUUAUUCGUAACUCGUAA